GAAUGCUGACGGAAAGGAAGUUUGGAAGCGGAUCAUUCGACAGUUUUUAACAGCGAUUAUUUCAUUCUGUUUAUUAAAGUUCUCAUAAAGGUGUAGCACCAGUGAGGAUGGAGGAGUUUCCACCAUCGUUUUUGUCUGUGAAACAUGAUGAUCAUGAUGAGUCGUGGUGUUUCGUCUCUGUGAGUCAGAAGACUGUGGUCUGCGUGGCAUGUCUCAUUGACCAGAUGGAUAACCGAGACCUGUCGGUGGUCCAGAGGAAACUGACACUGGCGGUGUUCACUGGUGUGUUGAGAGAGGUACCUGACAUCACCGCACUAUUCAAGAGCAGACCUCCACUUGGCAGCUAUGUUGUCAACCUGCUUAUUAACAUGUUCCAGGAGAAGGAGGUGUUCAUAGAGCCAGCAGUGGAAGCUUGCUAUACUUUGCUGCAGAGUGUUCAGUCGGAUUCCUUGAUGCGACAUGUUUUGAACAACUUCCAAGAGCAGUUACAAUGGGUCCCCAAUGUGAACCAAAUUAAGCCGUUCAUGUUACUGGUCGGUCAGUUGGCAGCUACCUCAGAAGCCUUUGGAGCUCGCUUGUUGAAACACCACGAGUCUAUUUUGCUGGAGCUGACGUCCAUGAAGACGAGUGACGCGGAUUUCCAGUCGGGUGUCAUGUUCGUCCUCGUUCAGUUGUUCUUCAGCAGUGGCCAGCCCCAUGUGUCCACAGCGCUCAAGCGCAGAGUCUGCACUCUGGUGAUCACAACACUGAACGAAGCGAAGGUUCUCGAUUUACAGAUAAACCUGCUAGCUCUCCUGAAAAAGCUGGUGAGGGACCCUGAGUGUUCAGUCCUGCUGAUGGAGUUGACCCCUAAGAAACAGUCUCUGGUGCUCGCCCUCAAGAAGGUCUUCCUCACCAAACAGGAAGUCCUACAGACCGCGGCUGCACAGAGCAUAUUCGGCCUGCUGACCAGCGCCGACACAGACGUCUUUGUCAGGCAGCUCCUCGACAGUGAUCUUAUAGAAUUCUUUUUUGAAGCUUUACACACACAGAAUGGAAUGCAGUUAGAAUCUCUGUUCAAUGUUCUCCAUGCACUCACCAAUUUUGAGCCGUUUUUCUCUCGCUGUCAUGCUGUAUAUGGGGUUGAGUCUGUGUUAAUGGCUAUUGGAAUACUCAUGAAGAUAAAGAACUUCAAUGUUCUUGAAAAGGCUUUUGUGUUGCUUGACUCCAUGCUUGUACGACAGCCCCUCAGCAUCCCUCUGUUUGUGAACAAUGCAUCAGCCAUGCACUGCUUGUCGAAGGUGGACCAGGGCCUUCACUGUAACCACCUGCCUGUUUUCGUACAGGUGCUCAGCUGUACCAACCACCUGUUCAGAGAGGAGUAUCUGCCUCGACCGUACCCGUAUUUUAUUAUUGUGAACAUGUUGAAGAACGCAAUGUGCAAACUGAACGACCUGAUCCAGGCUCCCAGCCAGGAGAUCAUCGAUCUAUACUCUACCAUAGUGUCGGCAGCAGCCAGAUUUUGCCAGCCCAAACUUGUGAGUUCUUCCAAAGACAGGCAAAGCAAAGAAUCAGCUUCAGAGGUGGAUACGGACAUUGCAGAGAUAAAAAACAUUUUACUUGAAAUUGCAGAGGAGCACCUGCUACCUUGGAUAUGUAAAGUGUGGAGUGAGACCGACACGACACACAAGGAAGUUGUCCAGUCGUUCAACAGUCUGUACGACAUGGACACCUCCAUCAUGGCCGACUUCUCCAUCAGAGUGGCAGGGUCGGGGCUCGCGGUCAAGGUCAUCGUACUCAAAGAGUGGACACGAGAUGACAUCAGGAAAAUAAAGCCCAUUCUGGAUGAGUUUCUGAUCAACGUCUUCUCGCAGCUGGUGGAACAAGACAUCCUCAUGUACACGAAGCUGCCCGACUGGUUCCAGCAUGGCCUCAACAAUCUGAAAUUAAGUGACUGGGAAGUUGGCGAUCUUCUGGCAGUCACAGACUUGGAGGCGUCUCAGGUUCUCAUCACUGUUCUCUAUUUCUCCUACAUCUACGGAUUCGCAGAGUGGUCGGUGGAAGAUCUUCAACACAUCAUCAUCAGCUUCCUUGCUGGCUGUGUGGAUUUCAGUUCUUUGCCCUUGCUGUGUGUCAAACACUGUCUGUUUCUUUGUGCAUGGGCCCAGAGCAAUAAUAAUGUUACAGAUUUGCUGUAUGAGAGUGAAGCGUUCCGCUCUCUGCUGUUGAUGCUGUCGUCAUGCUCCCUGGAGGCGUGGUACACCCACCACCCCAUCAUGUUCAUGUGGAGCUUCAGCAACACCCUCCUCUCAGACACCUGGGGCGACAAGCUGCUUGAGUGCUGGCUACCAACUAUAGACAUGUCUAGCUUGGAUAACAGUCGGACACAUGACCCAGAUGUUGACCUUCUUGGUAGCCUACUUUACUGUGAAAACUUUCUCAACACACUGCUAAAAAUUGUGAGUCAGGCAAAGGAACAGUUAUCAAACACUGCAACACACAUUGGUAAAUGGAUCAUUUCUAAGCUGGAGACUCAGCCCGGUGAUGCCCAGGACCCUGGUGUUGUGCUGCACUGGCUAUAUGAACAGUCUUCUAAACAGCUUAACGACUUGUUCCUCCAACAAACAGAGACUGAAGAGUACCAGUUGGUCAACAUGCUUUCACUUAUCACCUGUUUGAUGACUGACCAGUACAAGAAGGACGAGAUUGACAAUUGGAACGUGAAAUCUGUGUAUCACGUGGUAAAGCAUGUUGGCAGCUUGUCGAGCAUUGACAGCCCAAGUCUCUAUCAGAGUUUGCUGUACCUGGCAAAGUUCUCGGACCUCUCAGAACCCGACUAUAAGAAAGUGAUCCCGGUGAUGACGCAGAACAUUGACUUCAUGAGGAUGUUGAACCUGUGUUUAACAAGCCAUGACUCCGCCCUCGUCAAUGUGGUGUCUCGAUUCAUAGCCUGGAUGUCGACCUACCCCAGAGAGAUAAGUACGAGCUGCCCGAUCCAGGUGAGUUCUGAGUUCCUGCUGAAGCUGCUGACCAACAUCAAUGACACCAGUGAGUUAACCCUCGGCCUGCUCAGUCUCAUUUCCGCGGCCCUCUCCCCUGACUCACGCGGCUCUGGCCCGCUCGUCUUCACCAAACACAGUGUGCUGGAGGACACGCCAUUCUUCACGCCUCGCGACGCCCGCCUCAUCUACAUCCAUCUACAGCAGCUCGUCUGUCAGGACGACACAAGAGUACGAAAACUGGCUGUUAGAUGUGUGGAGAGACUUCUUGUCUAUGCUGACGUUGUCCACGGUGAUUUAGGUAUUCAGCUUCUCUCUCACCCAUGGAACAAACUGUGGGUGGAGACUCUUCUCCAGUUUGACAGUGAUGGCGGUCUUUCUACAGAAACAGCCAAGUUAGUUAUAGCAAUGUGCAGCAAACCCGAAGGGGAAGGUGUAAUAUCACAGAUCUGUGACGUCUUCCUACGAUCUCUGUCCCACUCUAGUCUCACUCACAAGUGUGCAAGUUUAGUGAAGCAGGCACAUUUGCUGGACAAACCGUUCUUCAUGGAGUCUGCUCAACCAGAGCUGAUUGCUGCGGCUAAACAGAAUCUCAGAAGACUUCUAUCCAGUGGCAUCUUAGUUGUUCAAGAACCAAGUUAACACUUGUAUCCAGUGGCAUCUUAGUUGUUCAAGAACCAAGUUAACACGUCUGUCCAGUGGCAUCUUAGUUGUUCAAGAACCAUGUUAACACAUAUGUCCAGUGGCAUCUUAGUUGUUCAAGAACCAAGUUAACACUUCUAUCCAGUGGCAUCUUAGUUAUUCAAGAACCAAGUUAACACUUCUGUUCAGUGGCAUCUUAGUUGUUCAAGAACCAAGUUAACACUUCUAUCCAGUGGCAUCUUAGUUGUUCAAGAACCAAGUUAACACGUCUGUCCAGUGGCAUCUUAGUUGUUCAAGAACCAAGUUAACACGUCUGUCCAGUGACAUCUUAGUUGUUCAAGAACCAAGUUAACACAUUGCUCACCCAAAACUUGAUAAGAACCAAGUUAACACAUUGGUUGCACCACCCUGAAAACUGUUGAUAAAAACCAAGUUAACACAUUGCUGGCACCACCCUGGAAACAAUUGAUAAGAACCAUGUUAACACAUUGCUUGCACUACCCUGAAGAGUACUGAUAAGAUCCAAGUUAACACAUUGCUUGCAUUUUCCUGAAAACUCGUCAAGAACCAAGUUAACACACUGCUCGCAUCAUCCCGAAAACUAUUGAUAAGAUACAAGUUGACACAUUACUCGCAUCACCCUGAAAACUCAUCAAGAACCAAGUUAACACAUUGCUCACACCACCCUGAAAAUUAUUGUCAAGAGCCAAGUUGACACACUGCUCGCAUCAUCCUGAAAACUAUUGAUAAGAUACAAGUUGACACAUUACUCGUAUCACCCUGAAAACUAACCAAGAACCAAGUUAACACAUUGCUCACACCACCCUAAAAACUAUCAAUAAACAGCAAGUCAACACAUUGCUUGCACCACCCUGAAAACUAUUGAUAAGAACCACGUUAACACAUUGCUCACAUGACCCUGAAAACUAUCGUCAAGAACUAAGUUAGCACAUUGCUCGAAUCAGCCUCUAAACUAUUGAUAAGAACCAAGUUAACAUAUUGCUCGCAAUUUCCUGAAAACUAUCAUCAAGAACCAAGUUAACACAUUGCUCGCAUCACCCUGAAAACUAUAGUCAAGAAACAAGUUAACACAUUGCUCAAUCAUCCUGAAAAUUAUUGAUAAGAACCACAUUAACACAUUGCUCCAACCACCUUGAAAACUAUCGUCAAGAACCAAGUUAACACAUUGCUUGCAUCACCCUGAAAACUUGAUAAGAAUCAAGUUAACACAUUGCUCGCAUCAUCCUGAAAACUGUCGUCAAGAACCAAGUCAACACAUUGCUUGCAUCACCCUGAAAACUCGAUAAGAAUCAAGUUAACACAUUGCUCCCAUCACCCUGAAAACUAUUGUGAAGAACCAAGUUAGUACAUUGCUCGCAUCACCCUGAAAAUUAUUGAUAAGAACCACAUUAACACAUUGCUCGAACCACCUUGAAAACUAUUGAUAAGAGCCACGUUAGCACAUUGUUCGUAUCACCCUGAAAACUAU